UGCUGUUACUACAAUUUAAAUACGUGCAUUCUUAGCUGUACACUACUGUUUUUCAGUAUCAUUCAAUGCCUAACAUUUCAGAAGAUGAAAAGGAGAAUGGUUCUGGAAACAAUGGAAACACGGAGAACAGACCUGGGAAGGAAUCCCCGGAAGCGCCUCUUCGUGAUCCCGUGAAGCCGUACCGCGUGUCAGAGGCCUCCGCUGCAUCCCUGGUUUCCAGGGGAGACGGGCUUUACCCAUGGGGAUGUCCUGUGACUCACACAAGAGAGAAAUUUUAUACCAUUUGCUCAGACUAUGCCUUUUUAAACAGAGUAACAUCUAUUUGUAAAAGCCCAAGUGCUUCAGUUAGUGCCUGCCUGUCGGGCAGUGCUGCCUUAAGCGUGGGAAAUAGCACACCCGGCCUGCUUGGCGUUCAGGCGGGUGUUUCGGAGCUCAUCUACAGCGAAGAUGCUAACUUGGAGAGCUUGUCUGACAGCCUUGGGAAGCUUCCCCUGGCGUGGGAGAUCGACAAGGCGGAAUUCAACAGCAUGGCCCCGGGUCUGAAGAACAAAACAGGCAACAUGAAGAAACAAGUAACAAAGAAAAAGUCUUCAGAGAAAAAAAGCAAACAGCACAGGGAAUGUCCUCAGCGAUCUGCUCUCGAAGAGGUGAAGGAGAGGAAAGUGUUGGACCUCCGAAGAUGGUAUUGUAUUAGCCGACCGCAGUACAAGACUUCUUGUGGAAUUUCAUCCCUAGUGUCUUGCUGGAAUUUCUUAUAUAGUACACUUGGGGCUGGAAGUUUGCCACCCAUUACUCAAGAGGAAGCUUUGCAUAUACUGGGCUUUCAACCACCGUUUGAGGAGAUCAGAUUUGGCCCUUUCACUGGAAAUACAACUUUGAUGAGGUGGUUUAGGCAAAUAAAUGAUCACUUCCAUAUAAAGGGAUGUUCAUACGUUCUAUAUAAACCUCACGGGAAGAACAAGACAGCUGGAGAAACUGCUACAGGGGCCCUGGCAAAGCUAACACGUGGACUGAAAGAUGAAUCAAUGGCCUACAUCUACCAUUGCCAAAAUCAUUAUUUUUGCCCAAUUGGAUUUGAAGCAACUCCUGUAAAAGCUAGUAAAGCAUACAGAGGACGAGUAUUGCAGCAAGAAGUGGAAUACUGGAUCUUAAUUGGCGAGCCGAGCAGGAAACAUCCAACGAUACACUGUAAGAGGUGGACAGAUAUUGUUACUGAUCUAAACACUCAAAAUCCAGAAUACCUAGAUAUUCGACACCUAGAGAGAGGAUUACAGCACCGAAAAACAAAGAAGGUGGGAGGAAAUCUUCAUUGCAUCAUCGCCUUUCAGAGACUUAACUGGCAAAGAUUUGGUCCUUGGAACUUUCCAUUUGGAAGUGUUAGGCAGGAUAAACAAACCCAAUCACAAGGACAGGGUAUUUCCAAAUCUGAGAGUGAAGACAAUAUAUCUAAGAAACAACAUGGACGACUGGGUAGGUCUUUUAGUGCUGGUUUUCAUCAGGAAUCUACGUGGAAGAAAUCUAAUCUCCGAGAGAGGAGGAACAAUAUCAGUAUUUGGUUGAACCAAGCAAUAAAAGGAGCCAGAGAUCAUCGUGGUAAUUCUAUACAAAAUGCUCACCUCCUCACUCUGUUUCAUCGACUCUGCAAGUUACUGUUUUUUCGAAUUCGGCCUGUCUUUGUUUUUGAUGGAGAGGCGCCACUUCUGAAGAGACAAACCUUGGCUAAGCGAAGACAAAGAAAAGAAUUGGCAGGCAGUGAUUCCAGAAAAACUACAGAGAAACUCUUGAAAACAUUUUUGAAGAGACAAGCUAUCAAAACCGCUCUAACAGGCAAAAGCAAUGAAGCUUUGCCUAGUAUUACACAAGUUCGAAGAGAAGAAAUUGAUGAUAUAUAUGUAUUGCCUUCUUUAGAGCAGGAAGAGAAGAAUAGCUCAGAAGAGGAAGAUGAAAAAGAAUGGCAAGAGAGAAUGAGUCAAAAGAAGAUGCUACAGGAAGAAUUGCUUGAAAAUCCUCAUUCCGUAGAUAUUGAAUCAGAGGACUUCAACAGUUUGCCUCCAGAAGUAAAACAUGAAAUCUUGACUGAUAUGAAAGAAUUUACGAAGCGAAAAAGAACAUUAUUUGAAGUAAUGCCAGAGGAGUCAAAUGACUUUUCCCAGUAUCAGCUUAGGGGGUUGCUUAAAAAAAGCAGCCUCAAUCGACACAUAGAAAAUGUAGAAAAAGAAUUGAAUCAGCAGCACUCAGGUCAAAUACAAACACAAUAUGAAAAUGAGGGUGGUUUUGUGAAAGAAGUGGAAUCAAAGAGAGUAGUCUCUGAAGAUACUUCUCACUAUAUCCUAAUAAAAGGUAUUCAAGCAAAAGAAGUUACUGGUAGAGAUUUGGAAACUACUGAAGCACAUUCAUCAAAAAGGCUAGAGUUUACUAACUCUGAUAAAAAAAUCAAUGAGUCUCCUGCUAAUACAAACCCAGUUGAGUGUGAGAAGUUGCAGAUGGAGAAAGAAAACAGUGUGGUAACAGCGCCACCAUCUCCUCAGACUUUGCUUGCUAUUCAGGCAGCUAUGAUAGAAAGCAGCUCGGAAGAGGAACCAGGGAUUGAGGAUAAAGGAGUAUUCAAAGUGGACCAGCCCGGAUUGGAGGAAGGCAGCAUAUCUCCAAGAACUCUGCGGGCAAUUCAGCAAGUUCUGGGUGAUGAUGAUAAAAGGGAGGAAGCUGUUACCUAUAAAACUGAUGGAGUGACAACAGAAAGAGCAGAAGUGAACGAUUUUCUCCUUAGUAGUUCAGAUGAGGAUGAGGAGAUUCGUGAAGUUAAGGAGGGAAAAAAAUUACCUACAUCUACGACUCAUCCACCUAACCAAGUGGUUUUGCAAGAUUCUGAAUUUGGCCAAAAGAGUCACGAGUUGGAAAAGGUUCAUAUUGCACCCGAUGACAUCAGUAUUUCCAGAACUGAAAAUUAUUCUUUUGUUGAUGACACUGGCAAAAGAAAGAGUGACGUAGACAAAGAAGAAAAUGGUUCCAAAGUAGAGCUAAGUUCUUUGGAAGAUAAAAAUAUAAACAUGUGUAUGCAGAAUUCAAGCUCUUCUCCUGCACAGACAAGUACACAAGUUUUGAUUGAGGCUGAAACAACAGGCCUUUCUGAAAAAGAGGAAAAUCUUAAAACAUAUGAAGAUACAGAGCCAGUAAUUUCAAAAGCAGAAAAUAAUGUAUCUGAGGUACAAAAGGAACUUAGUCUUUCUCCAGAAGCAGAAGGUCCUCCCAAGGAACAAGUAGAAGGAACAUCACAGUCUGAAGACAGUGAUUCUGAUGGAAGCUUUAUUGAAGUGGACACUGAAAUCAGUGAUGAGGCUGAACUUUCUACUGAAUAUGAUGAGAAACUGGGUGAUAAAACAGAACUUGCAGAAAUGGAGAAAGAUAGAUUUGAUAUUGUUACUGAGGACGCUGCAAAGAAACCUGAUGAAGUGCAGCUGGCAAACCAUCAGACUGUUGAAAGCGAGAGUGAUGGUAAAGAUGCAGUGAAUGAGUGGCAAGACGUCAGUUUGGAGGAACUAGAAGAACUGGAAAAUGAUCUUUCCACUGAACAAAGUAUGCUUCAGGCUCAGAAGCAGCAGCAGGAACGUGUUGCUGCUUCUGUAACAGGACAGAUGUUCUUGGAAAGUCAGGAGCUUCUCCGUCUGUUUGGCAUCCCAUAUAUCGAAGCUCCAAUGGAAGCAGAGGCCCAGUGUGCUAUCCUGGACCUUACUGAUCAGACCUCGGGGACAAUCACUGAUGACAGCGAUGUUUGGUUGUUUGGUGCACGGCAUGUUUAUAAAAAUUUCUUCAGCCAGAACAAAUACGUGGAAUAUUAUCAGUAUGUUGAUUUUCAAAACCAGCUGGGUUUGGAUCGCAGCAAGUUAAUUAAUUUGGCAUACUUGCUUGGAAGUGAUUACACUGAAGGCAUCCCAAAUGUUGGGUUUGUAACAGCAAUGGAGAUUUUAAAUGAAUUUCCUGGUCCUGGAUUGGAACCUCUCUUAAAAUUCACUGAGUGGUGGGCUGAAGCUCAGAAGGAGAAGAAACUGAGGCCUAAUCCACAUGAUACCAAAGUGAAGAAGAAGUUGCGGCAUCUGCAGCUUUCCUCAGGCUUCCCAAACCCAGCCGUGGCAGAGGCAUAUCUGAAACCUGUGGUGGAUGAGACAAGGGGCUCAUUCAUUUGGGGCAAGCCCGAUGUGGAGCAGAUCAGGGAAUUUUGUCAGGAUCACUUUGGCUGGACUAGGACAAAGAUAGAUGAAGUCCUUUUACCUGUGCUAAAACAGCUGAACUCACAACAGACUCAGCUUCGAAUAGAUUCGUUCUUCAGGCUAGCACAGCAUGAAAAACAAGCCAUUAAGAGCCAGCGACUUCGCCGAGCUGUGACAUGCCUGAAGAGAAAGGAAAAAGAGGAGGAAGACAACGAGAUUCGGGAGGCUACUGCAGUUAUGGAAGAUGAACUUAAGCAGCAUGAGGAAAGAAAAGGGAAAAAUCCUGUGGAUUGCUCAGAUCAUCAAGUGACAGCACAAAUGAAGAGAAAGAAACAUUCAGAUUCCAAAAGGGAACAUUUAUAUGGAGGCGGUUUUAUUGGGAGUUUGCAUCUUUCAGAAGCCUCUAGUGACUCCUCAGUAGAGGAAUUGGAAAGCAGGGGUUUAGACAAGAGCAAGAGGAGGAAAACUGUGUCUCAAAUGGAGACAGCAAGCGCUAAGGAGAAAAAGGGGUACAGUAGCUCAAGUGGUGAGGAUGAAGAAGGGGGAAACAUAGUCCUGGUGACUGCCAAACCUGUGUUUGAGGGAAAAACCCGUAAAUCGCAGAGUAAGAGAGGAAGAAAAAAGAAAAAGUCUUAAACAAAAAAAGUUUU